CCGGAAGUGGUGCUCGGGGCUGGCGGGACGAUGCGGUUGGCGGGGCUUCUGCUCCUCACAGCGCUGGGCUCGGCGCAGAGGACAGUUUGCCCUGGGACAGACAUGAAGCUGGAGCUGUCGUUCAGUUUAGAGAACCAUUACUACACACUGCGCAAACAGUACGAGAACUGCCGUGAGGUACAGGGCAACCUAGAGAUCACCCACCUUACAGGGAACCACAAUCUAUCCUUCCUGCAGAAUAUUCAGGAGGUCCAAGGUUAUGUUUUAAUAGCACACAAUGAAGUAGACUACAUUCCUCUAGAAAAUCUACGCAUCAUAAGAGGAAGCCAGUUGUAUGAGGAUCAGUUUGCGUUGGCUGUCCUGUCUAACUUUAACCCCACCGGUACUGGUCUCCGUGAGCUUCGGAUGAGAAGUCUGACAGCAGUCAAUAGUGAUAAAGCCAACUGGAUCCUGUUGGCAGGAAUUCCAGGGAAUCAGCAAGGUGAAAACAGGAGCAGAGGAGGCAACUAA